GAAGAGCUCUGGAAAUUCACGGGACACGAGCUAGCUGGGGCAAUUAACGAUUCAGGUAGCUUAGGAACCUCGAGAUCUGAAGACCUUUCCGAUGGGAACGCGGUGAUAGGAAGGACAGGCGCCGAGGCAGAAGGACCGGUGGAGACGGAGGAUUCGACGGAGACUGCGGGGCUGCUGCGCGGAGGCAUGUCCUUAGGCUUCUUCUUCCUGGUCAUGGUCGGCGGUGGCGACCGACGUCGGGAAAGACGCCGGUGAAGAGAGAAUGAAAGAGAUCUCGUUGUCGCCUUCGAGAGAGAAACUUACGGGGCGCGUGGGCGCGAGUUCUCUUCUAAAUAAAUAAUUUGCUUCGUCUCCUUCUCUUCUUUCUACAACGACACCAUAACUCCUUGCCCUUCUUGUGCAUGUGGUUGCGAGAACAAAAAGAGCUGCGUCAAGGCUGAUUCUAAGAUUCUAACAAAGAAAGGUCUCAACACACCGAGAAAAGACAACGCACCUUUACUAUAAUGCACACACCACAUGUGCCCUGUUAGAGUUCACUGGCACGUUAAAGUUAACUACAAAGACUAUUGGCGUGUAAAGAUAGCUAUCACAAACUUCAACUACAGGAUGAACCAUACACUGUGGACUUUAGCAGUUCAGCACCCAAAUCUCAACAAUGUGACUCAAGUUUUCAGCUUUGAUUACAAAUCAGUUGCUCCUUAUGGAUCCAUAAAUGAUACUGGAAUGUUCUAUGGCACGAAGUUUUACAAUGAUCUUUUGAUGGAAGCGGGACCUUCAGGGAAUGUUCAGUCAGAGGUUUUGCUUCAGAAAGAUCAAAAGACGUUUACUUUCAAGCAAGGUUGGGCUUUUCCGAGAAAAGUUUACUUCAAUGGCGAUGAAUGUAUGUUACCUCCACCAGAUUCAUACCCUUUUCUACCAAACUCUGCACGAGUAAACUUGGCUUCUCUCUGGACACUACCACUCACGAUUCUUAUUCUUAUGUUCAUCUCAAUAUGGUGAUUAGUCUGAUCCUUGUGGGUUUCAGAAACCAAACCAGAAGCUGUGUCAGUUCGGUUUUCAGAUAAAGAUCAUAAACAUGUUUUUGUAAGAGAGAAUGUUUUUUUUUUCUUAUGACGUAAGAGAGAAUGAUUAGAG